CGGGUGGCUCUCUCUCGAUAAUAGAGGAAGAGUUCAAGGGCAUUAUCGUCAUUUUCUACAAAAUGCUAGAGUUUAAUUUCGAACCAAUUUAUAAUCGAAUCGGUUUUGUGAUUAUCCACCGUGCGUAAGUGUUUGUCGGUUCGGUUCUCUAGAACUCUCCCUCUCUCUACUCUCCUCCCUUUUUAAAUUUUUAUCUCUCUCUGAUCUGAUCUUUCUGUUUCCGGAAGAGACGUGUGAUCAUCUCAAACCCUAGCUAAAUCCUUAUCAUCCGAAGUGGAGAAAAUGCUAGAUCACAUCGAGAAGGUGAAAAGAAGAGGUGGAGAUGUGAUCGAACAGAACAAGAAGACUUGCGCUGAUUGUGGCACAAGCAAAACUCCUCUUUGGCGUGGUGGUCCCACCGGUCCAAAGUCGCUUUGUAACGCGUGUGGGAUCAGAAGUAGGAAGAGAAGACGAGGAGUAGUAGAAGCGAAGAAAUCAAAUUCAUGCGGCGGAGAUCUCAAGAGAAACCCUAAGUUUGGUGAAUCAGUGAAAGAGAGGAUGAUGGAUUUGGGGAUGACGAAGAGAUCGACGGUGGAGAAGCAGCUACGGAAGCUUGGGGAAGAAGAGCAAGCGGCGGUGCUUCUCAUGGCUCUCUCUUAUGGAUCAGUCUACGCUUAGGUGUGUGUGGCGAAUUUUUGAUAAUAAAAAAAUGUUUUUAGGGUUUUCUGAAAUUCAGAGAGCAAUGAUGAGGACUAGCAAACGAAUGUGUAAUUGUUUGGCUUUGUGUUCUUCAAAUCAACUUCUUUUUGAAAAAAAAAAAAUCUGAACAUUAACAAGUUUUAGCAAAAAAAAAAAUAAAACAGGGGUAGUUAUUACUUUAUGGGGUAUCUUAUGUUUGUAUUUAAAAAUUAUUGGUCUGUGUUGCAAUCUUGUCCGUAUUAAGACAGGAAUGGGACUUGCCUAUCUGUUAAGCACAAUUCUUG